AUGGCUUCCAAGAAAUACGCGCUUCUUCCUAUGGAGGAUGAUGAAAUAGGCCCAACGAAGGUAGUAGUAAAGAAGAAGGAGAAAAAGUCACAUCGCGAGAGCUCCUCGCGGCGCGACAGACACCAGGAAAGGUCUCCUCGUCGAGAGAAAUCCCCUCGUCGCGAUACAGAGCAGCGGUCAAAGAACAUUCGACAAAAGACGAAUGAUGAUCAUGAGGAUAGAUGGGGCGACGAAGAACAUGUUUCCGAAGAAGAACUAGAAUUCCAUGAGCCUGCCUCCAAACGUGUGAAAACGAGUCAUUCGGAGGACGACAUUUCGGAUACAGAAAAAGAUCGAAGGAAAGAUCAAGCGGAGAAAGAUGCUUUUGCGCAGAGGCUGCUGUCGAAGAAUUCCGAUAAGUCGAAAAAAAUACUCGAGGAUAGGUCCGAUCCUAUCAUGGCACAGAGAAGAGCUUUGGCCGACGAUGCUGCUGCAAGGAGUGCUGCAAUGCCAGAUAUAAGGGAACGUUCGAGGCAAGAAUACUUGAAGAAGCGUGAGACGGAACGGCUCGCUUUGCUGAGGAAACAAGUCGAGGAUGAGUCGAGGGAGCUGAACGAUCCUUAUUCGAAUUUGUCGGAGAGAGAGAAGGCAGAAUUCGCCAAGAAUCGAGAGGUACUUCGUCUCGCCGAUGAAAGGCUAAGUAUCGAUGAUCAUCUAGAUGGCUAUGCUAUGCCAGACGACUAUAUCACGGAGAAAGGGAAACUCAAUCAGAAGAAGAAACAAGAUGCAUUGUACAAACGCUAUGUCGAGAGAGAUGAAUAUGGCCAGGAGAAAUUCGUCACCGAGCACGAGGAGUGGGAGUUGCAGCAGUUGAAACUUGCCAAUAAUCAAAUUCAAAGCACUGAACGAGUCGACCAAGGCGAAUAUGAUUACAUUUUGGACGAGGAGCAAGGGAUUAAAUGGAUUAUGGAUUCGAAGCUACCCGGACAGGGUCUGGAUAAAGAGGCACGGUUCCUGGGUGAACAGUUGAAAGCUGCUGAGCAGAAGGCAAAGACCAUCGAGGAAACUAGAAAAAACCUCCCAAUAUACGCCUAUAAGGAUGAAUUUCUGGCUGCUCUUGAACAGUUCCAAACUAUUAUACUUGUCGGUGAGACAGGUUCUGGGAAGACUACUCAACUGCCUCAAUAUCUACACGAGGCGGGGUAUACUAAGGGCGGGAUGAAAAUCGGAGUAACCCAGCCGAGGAGAGUGGCUGCCAUGUCCGUUGCUCAACGUGUGUCCGAGGAAAUGGGAUGCAAGAUUGGCAAUGAAGUUGGAUACGCUAUCCGGUUUGAAGAUUGCACCAGCGACAAAACUCUUAUAAAAUACAUGACAGAUGGACAUCUCUUGAAAGAGGUCAUGAUAACACCUUCUCUGGACGAGUAUCAGGUGAUCAUGAUUGAUGAGGCUCACGAGCGGACUGUGCAUACAGACAUACUUCUUGCUCUACUCAAGGAUCUUGCCAAAGAGAGGCCAACAAUCAAAAUCUUGAUCGCCUCGGCGACAAUCAACGCUCAGGCUUUCUCAGAGUUUUUCGAUGGCGCUCCUAUUUUCAAUGUAAAAGGUCGCAGCUUUCCGGUUGACAUCUACAACACCCCUCAACCAGAAGCAAAUUAUCUUGCAGCUGCUAUUACCACACUAUUUCAGAUACAUACCUCUCAGCCAAGUGGCGAUGUGCUGAUAUUUUUGACAGGACAAGAUGAGAUUGAGGCAGCCGAAGAACGAAUAAGUGAUAUUUCGAAGAAAUUGGGUUCGAGGGUACCUGAGCUCGUUAUUUGUCCUAUCUACGCAAAUCUCCCGACCGAUCUACAAACUAAGAUCUUCGAACCAACACCUAAAGGUGCACGAAAGGUCGUCUUAGCAACCAAUAUUGCGGAGACGAGUUUAACCAUUGAUGGAAUUGUAUAUGUUAUUGACCCGGGAUUUGUAAAGGAGAAUAUAUACAAUCCGGCGACUGGAAUGUCAAAGUUGGUUACAGUAGCAUGCUCACGUGCAUCUGCGAAUCAAAGAAGUGGUCGUGCCGGUCGUGUAGGACCUGGAAAGUGCUUCCGUUUGUACACAAAAUGGGCGUUUAUGAAUGAAAUGGAAGAAAGUACCACUCCUGAAAUUCAGCGAACAAAUCUGAAUGGUACAGUAUUGCUACUUAAGUCACUUGGAAUCAACGAUCUAUUGACCUUUGACUUCAUGGACCCUCCACCCACAGAGACCUUGAUUGGUGCUCUCAAUCAGCUAUACGCCUUAUCUGCAUUAAACAAUCGAGGGGAGUUGACCAAGAUUGGAAGACAAAUGGCUGAGUUCCCGACUGAUCCUCAGGUUGCGAAGUCAAUCAUUGCCUCAGACCAACUAGCCUGCUCUGACGAAGUGUUGAGCAUAAUGGCAAUGCUCGGUGAAAGCUCAGCACUAUUUUUCCGGCCAAAGGGAGAACAGAGAGUGCACGCAGAUAGUGCACGAGCACGCUUCACAAUCAAGGAAGGAGGCGAUCACCUGACCUACUUGAACAUUUGGAACCAAUGGGUGGAUAGUGAUUUCAGUAUUGUCUGGGCAAAGGAGAACUUCCUUCAACAGCGUUCUCUUACCCGAGCUAGGGAUGUCCGGGACCAACUUGCGAAGCUUUGUGAGCGCGUGGAGGUAACAAUCGCCAGUUGCGGGGCGUCGGAUAUAGAGCCUAUACAAAAAGCGAUCACUGCAGGGUUUUUCGCCAACGCAGCGCGAUUGCAGCGAGACGGUGAAAGUUACCGAACAGUCAAGAGAAAUACCACCGUAUAUAUACACCCCUCGUCAGUAUUGAUGGCAAAUGACCCCCCUAUUAAAUUGGUGGUGUAUCAUGAACUGGUACAAACCACAAAGGAGUACAUGCGUAGUUGCAUUCCCAUUAAAGCGAACUGGUUGCAUGAGCUAGCACCGCAUUAUCAUAAGAAGAAAGAGAUAGAGGAGUUGGGGGAGAAGAAAUUAUCAAAUCGUAGUAGGAUAUAA